GCCCAGGGAAGGAGGGACAGGAUGGGGUGGAGACCAGGUCCUGGGCUGGUGGCAUGCUGGCAGCUGUGAACCCAUCAGGGUAAGCUUCCCUGGAGAGCAGGCAGGCACCCCAGGAGAUGUGACCUCGUACUUCCAAACCCACCGGUCCUGAUGUACUUCCUCACCUCCCACACUCACCCACUUGGACCCCCUCCUGCCACCAGUCAGCCCUAAGGAGUACGAAGCGCCUUCCGGAAGUCAAGCCUGAGGUUGUGUGCGCCAUGGGCGCUGGUGGCCCUCGGCUGGGCGAGGAUCCUCCCGAUGGCGCCUGGGGCUGGGUCGUGCUGGGCGCUUGCUUUGGGGUCACCGGGUUCGCCUAUGGCUUUCCCAAGGCCCUGAGCGUCUUCUUCCGCGCGCUCAUGAGCGACUUUGAUGCCGGCUACAGUGACACAGCCUGGGUGUCCUCCAUCAUGCUGGCCAUGCUUUAUGGCACUGGCCCCGUGUCCAGCAUCCUCGUGACCCGCUUUGGCUGUCGUCCAGUGAUGCUAGUGGGUGGGCUGUUGGCCUCGGCAGGGAUGGUCCUGGCCUCCUUUGCAACGCGCCUCCUGGAGCUGUACCUGACAGCUGGGGUGCUCACAGGCCUGGGCCUGGCCCUCAACUUCCAGCCGUCGCUCAUCAUGCUGGGGCUCUACUUCGAGAGGAGACGGCCUCUGGCCAACGGGCUGGCGGCGGCCGGCAGCCCCGUGUUCCUGGCGGCCCGCCGCCGUCGCCUGCUGGACGUGGCCGUGUGCGCCGAGCGCGCCUUCCUCGUGUACGCCGUCACCAAGUUCCUGAUGGCGCUCGGGCUCUUCGUGCCCGCCAUCCUGCUGGUGAACUACGCCAAGGACGCGGGCGUGCCCGACGCCGACGCCGCCUUCCUGCUGUCCAUCGUGGGCUUCGUGGACAUCGUGGCGCGGCCGGCGUGCGGCGCCCUGGCGGGGCUGGCGCGCCUGCGGCCGCGGGUCGCCUACCUCUUCAGCCUGGCCCUGCUGGCCAACGGGCUCACGGACCUCAGCAGCGCGCGCGCCCGCUCCUACGGCGCCCUGGUGGCCUUCUGCGUCGCCUUCGGCCUCUCCUACGGCAUGGUGGGCGCGCUGCAGUUCGAGGUGCUCAUGUCGGCCGUGGGCGCCCCGCGCUUCCCCAGCGCGCUGGGCCUGGUGCUGCUCGUGGAGGCCGUGGCCGUACUCAUCGGACCACCCUCUGCCGGCCACCUGGUGGAUGCACUGAAGAACUAUGAGGUCAUCUUCUACCUGGCCGGCUCCGAGGUGGCCCUAGCUGGGCUGUUCAUGGCUGUGGCCACCCACUGUAGCCUGCGUCGCACCCAGGACACCCCACCUGGAGCCAAUACUGAGGACAGAGUCAGUGAUGGCAUGGCAGAAGGGGACUCUGAGGCCGAGGGGGACUCUGAGGCCCUGCCCCUGGGGACAGUGGAGAUGCUAAGUGCCCAGACCAGGCCUACAGAAGCAGAGGCAGAGGCAGGGCCCAAGCUGGACGCUAAGCAGGAUGCCAGGCCGGACCCUGGGUCAGAACUGAAGCCAGACACCAGACCAGUGCAGCGCUCGGGACAGUAGUGGAGCCACUGGGUGACUUCCAGAAAGUGGCUCUUUGUCAGCGCUCCCACAGGACUGGCCAAGGGUGACCAUCCUGGGGUCCCAGUCGAUGUUCUACC